AUGGAAGCCAUCCAACCAAUAAUAUCUCUUUCCUUGGCAGAAUCAGACCUCAGUUCCUGUUGGGAAGAAGGACAAGAUCCAUUCCUCCAGGUCCCCAAAGAAGGGGGAACCUCAACAGGUAAUGGGCAGAAAAGUGAGAAUUAUGGUGAGCCAUCUGUGGUGUCUGUAGAAAAUGUGGGGCAUGGAGCACAGAAAGAGACAUUUGUAAAUCAACGAUCACCUGAAAAGCAUGUAGAAAAUGUGUUGAAGAACUGGAAAACCAAAUCCCUUACUACUCAGGACACUGAUGUCCGUGUAUCACUGAGUCCACAGGAAGAAUGCACAGGAAGUAGCAGUGUGGAGUGUGGAAAGAGCUUCAGUCAGAGUGGAAGCAUUAGUUUACAUCAAAGAACCCAAGCAGGGGAGAAAGCGUUUCAAUGCACAGAAUGUGGAAAGAGCCUCAGUAGUGCUGGUAACCUUGUCAAGCAUAAAAAAACCCACAGAGGGGAGAAACCAUUCAAAUGCAUGGACUGUGGAAAGAGCUUCAGCCAGAGCGGAAACCUUAUUGCACACCAAAGAAUUCACACAGGGGAGAAACCAUUUAAAUGUAUGGUGUGCAGAAAGAGUUUUAGUCUCAAUCACCAUCUUACUUUACAUCAAAGAACCCACACAGGAGAAAAACCAUUUAAGUGUGUAGAAUGUGGAAAGAGCUUCAGCCAGAGUGGAAGCCUUAUUGCACAUCAAAAAACCCACACAGGCGAGAAGCCAUUAAAAACUAUGAUUUGUGGAAAGAGCUUCAGUCUCUAUCACCAUCUCACUGUACCUCAAAAAACCCACACAGGGGAGAAACUGCAUAAAUGCAUGGAGUGCGGAAAGAGUUUCACUUGUAGGAGUGCCCUUACAGAACAUCAAAGAAUCCACACAGGGGAGAAACCGUAUGAAUGCAUAGAUUGUGGAAAGCGCUUCCGUAUUGGUAGUGUCCUUACUUUACAUCAAAAAACCCACACCGGGGAGAAGCCAUUUAAAUGCACGGAGUGUGGAAAGAGCUUCAGUCAGAGUGGAAACCUUGCUGCACAUCAAAGAAUUCACACUGGGGAGAAACCAUUUAAAUGUAUGGCAUGUGGGAAGAGCUUCAGCCAGAGCGGAAGCCUUACUGCACAUCAAAGAACCCACACAGCAGAUAAAUCAUUUAAAUGUGUGGUGUGUGGAAAGAGCUUCAGCCAGAGUGGAAACCUUACUUUACAUCAAAGAACUCACACCAGGGAGAAACCAUUUAAAUGUAUGGAGUGUGGAAAGAGCUUCAGCCAGAACGGAAACCUUAUUGCGCAUCGAAGAACCCACACAGGGGAGAAACCAUUUCAUUGUAUGGUGUGUGCAAAGAGUUUCAGCCUGAAUCACCACCUUACUUUACAUCAAAGAACCCACUGCACAUCGAAGAACCCUUACAGGCAAAAGACUCUUUAAAUGUAUGGUAUGUGGAAAGAGCUUCAGUUGUAGGAGUGCACUGUUCAACCAAGAACCCACACGGGAGAAACUGUAUGAAUGCCUAGAUUGUGGAAAGCACUUCCGUAUUGGGGGUGUCCUUACCUUACAUUAAAAAAACCCACGCCAAGGAGAUACCAUGAAAAUGUAUGGAGUGUGGAAUGAGGUUCAGUGGGAUUGGUGGCCUGACUUUGCACCUGAGAACUCACGCCAGAUAACUAACUCUUAAGUGAAUGAAAUAUGAGCAGCAAACUUACUUCACACAAAAGAUUCCACAGGUGGAGUAACAGUCUAGAACAGAAAUUCUGCUCCGGCGGCGCGGCAGCAGCAGGAGGCCCCAUUAGCUAAAGUGGUGCUUCAGGUUUAGAACAGUUUCAG